AUGGUGCGGCGCAUACACUUAAUUAGUGACGAACUAACAGAACAGCUGAACACUGUAAGUAAAAAAUUUGCGUGGUUUUCUUUGGCACUGGACAAGAGCACUGAUAACCAAGACACUGUACAGCUACGUAUCUUUGUCCGUGGAAUUGAUGAAAAUUUCGUCAUUACAGAAAAACUACUUGUUUUGGAAUCGAUGAAAAAUACAACCACUGGUCAGGACUUGUUUGAAUGUGCUGUGGACUGUGUGGAGAAAAGUGCCGUGUCAUGGAAUAGAAUGGCAAGCAUUACAACAGAUGGGGCCAGAGUAUUUACUGGAAAAAAUGUGGGUAUGAUUAAACUUUUAGAGAACAAGUUAAAAGCUGAACACCCAGACGGUGAUAUCUUGCCUUUUCAUUAUAUUUUGCGACAGAAAAGCUUCUGUAAACCUGCACUGGACCUAAAGCAUGUGGUGAAUCCUGUAAUGAGCAUGGUGAACACAAUCAGAAUAAGGGCGUUCUACCAUCUACAAUUUAAAUCUCACCUUGAGGAUAUGGAGGCUCAGUAUGGAGAUGUGAUUUACCACAAUAGUAAAGUGCCUGCAAGUGUUUCUUCUAAGAUUAGGGAUCAUUGGCUGAGUUUGGAGGAUGAAGUCACAAGAAGAUUUCAGGAUUUUAAGAAAAUUGAGCCAGAUUUAAAUUUGUUAUCUUAUCCUUUAACUGCUGAUAUUGAUACAGCACCCGAGGAGGUACAGCUUGAACUAAUUGAUAUGCAAUGA